AAAGGCAGACGAGCUGCGCGUAAAAAGCGGUGUCUGCUCCCUCUCCGCGCGUUCAAAGGGCGGUUUUAGCGCCCGAAAGUUCCAGAAGCACACCGGCUGGCUCCACUUCUCCUCUCCGCGCAGCACCGCUCACAAGCAGGCUGGAAGACCACCAGGCUCGGAGGACGCAGUCGCUCCGCAGGGUGCAGAUGAUCGCAGGCGGCGUGUGCGGCGUGGCGCUCGUCCUGGUGCUGGUGGUGCUCAUCCCGGCCAUGGUCAACUCUGCCGGGACCCCCACCCGCUACGAGAUGCUCGGCUCCUGCCAGAUGCUGUGCGACCCGCACGGGACCACAGCCACCGCCGCGGCUCCGACCAAAGCGCUGGAGCCGGUGAAAGACGCGCACCGCCUGGCGCAGUCCCUGCCCACCUUCAUCCAGGGGCCGCAAGGCGAGCCAGGACGCGUGGGCAGAAUGGGUCCGAGGGGUCCGGUGGGCGAGCCCGGCCCACCCGGUACCGCUGGCCGGCCCGGGGAGAGAGGGGCUCCCGGUGCUCCGGGGCCACCCGGUGCGAGUGGCCCUACCGGGGCCAUCAGCGCGGCCACCUACAACACCGUCCCAAAGAUCGCCUUCUAUGCGGGACUCAAGAAGCAGCAUGAAGGCUACGAAGUGCUGAAAUUCGACGACGUGGUCACAAACCUGGGGAACCACUACGACCCAUCCACGGGCAAGUUCACCUGUUCCAUACCCGGGAUUUACUUCUUUGUUUACCACGUGCUGAUGCGAGGCGGGGACGGAACCAGCAUGUGGGCCGACCUGUGCAAGAACAACCAGGUCCGAGCCAGCGCCAUCGCCCAGGACGCCGACCAGAACUACGACUACGCCAGCAACAGUGUGGUCUUACACCUGGAGCCCGGCGACGAGAUCUACAUCAAGCUGGACGGAGGCAAGGCCCACGGGGGCAACAACAACAAGUACAGCACCUUUUCGGGCUUCAUGCUGUACGCCGACUAAAGACC